AUGGACGCGAAAAUCAUGAUAGUUAGUCCUGAUGAACAACAGGAAGUCGCUGUGCAAGACAGAGAGCAGCAUGGAACGAACACGGACGAAAAGGUGUCAAAGAACGUGGACGUCAACAAAAGAGAAUUGCACUUCGUUUUUCGGGCAAUAACUUUCCCCACAGUAGAAAGCAAAGGAGAAAUUGUCAGUGAGUCUUUCGUCAGCGUGGAAGCUUCAUCAGUUGGAGAAAACAGCUGUCGGCGUUUCCGUUGGCCCAACACAACUUGGCCAACUUGGAACAAUCAACAGCCAGCGCAUGAAGGCUUACACCGUGAUGAAAACAGAAGAGAUGAACAGAAGAGUAAGUUGUACGCCAAGGAACAUUCAAGAAGCAAAAAGAGAGUGCAAUUUGAUGAAGCUGUGUAUGUAUUUUCUGAGCUAAAAAACUAGUUGGUCAGAGGCUUGAGCCCUGAGGAUUCAAAAGUUUCGUAUCAGUUUAUUCUUGUCUUUAUAGUGAUCUAAUACGUUCCUGUCUCUUGAGUAUGUUUAAGAAGGCCGUUCAGUUCUCUUCACUGAUCUAUUUGUAAUGCAAAUAACGGUACAGAUGGAUUUACUUAAGUCUGGUUAAAUUUCCAAGACUUCCUGUAAAAUUUAUGCUUUUGGAAAUAGUUUUGAAAUCUGGAUUGCGCAGUCGUUUCUGUUUUUUGAAUUCAGGUUUAUUCCACUAAUUGCCAAUUUCGUUCAUGGAAAGUUAGUGUCGAUAUGAUAAUUAUUACUCUUGUCUAAGCCAAGAAUGAUUUGUAAAAUCUUUCCGAAACUUGACUCGAUUCGCAAAGUCUUGAAAUUGAAUACUGGAAACACGGUUGCAAUGAUAUCAUUUUGGCAUGAUGUAGUUACAGAAUGCGCUCUCAAUCUUAGUUCUUAAAGCUUGGUCUUUACAUUCCAAUAAAUAUAAUGAUAGGGCGAAACAACGAGCUGGCAACCGUGGAGAGCUUUUUCCAAUUGUUUUUCUUUUCAGUACAAAAAGGAUCUGGGGCCAGCUUAG